AUGAAUGCUGACUUUAAGAAUGCCUUCGAAGCUCUUCAUAGUAAGGUGAAACUAGUGAACGACUUCUCAUCUGGAAAGAAACUGAAGUCUGAAGGUUUCGACAAAGAGUUAAGAGAAGUAGCACAAAAUAUGACGAAAAUAACAGAUGCAGCAACGAGACAGGCAGUUCAAAGUGCCUAUGACGCCGUUAGAGCAACUGUUGUGGAAAGUCAAGAAAAAGAGUUACAACAGACCAAAACAGACCUAGUAAAUGCUUUCUUAAGAACGAAAAGUCAGGUAGGACAUUACGCUGCAGAUGGAACAUAUGUGCCAGCUGGUGGAACUUAUAUACCACCAAACCCUCCAAGAGAAGCACCUGCACCAGGACUACCUAAAACAUUUACAUCGUCACAUGGACACAGACACAGGCAUGCACCACAACCAACAGUUCAAAAUCCAGCACAACAACAACAACCAACAAUUCAAAAUCCAGCACAACAACCAACACAACAACCAGCACAGCAACCAACAGUUCAAAACCCUGCACAACAACAACCACAAACAGAGCAAGGACAUAAAAGAAGUAGAGAACAAGGAAACCAAGAAUUCUUAAAAAUGCUUAAAGAAGAGUGUGGUUUCCCAGAUAGUAUUGACUUUAGUGACAGAUAUAAAGAAGCUAUUGGAAAGUUCAAGGAUGGAAAUACUGACCCGAACCUAUUUAGCUUUAUGGCUCAGCACCAAAACGGAUAUAAUCUCAAACCUGGAAAAUACAAGCUCGCUAAGGGAUAUGAUUUAAUAGCAUAUCAUCCAAAUGACAUGGAUGAAUUUACUCCGAGAUAUUUGAUGUCAGAGCUAAAUGACAAUUCAACUUUCGUCAUGAAACGCGUAAAAAAUAGAGACGGAACGAAAGAACAAAAGCUUAUGAAUGCGGAUGACGUAGAUAGGGAAAUUGUUAAAAACGGUCUCGGAAUAUAUGAAAUGCCAGCAGAUGAGGUACAAGAAACUCCACAGGAAGAAGUUCAGAUACAACCAGACAUGGAAGAAAUAGUUCAGCAACAACAGCUAGAAGAGCCUGAAGGAAACGAACAA